AUGGCUCAUGAUUUUCUCUUCCCUCCUCCAAAUUAUCCAAAGACUUAUUCUGAAGAGCUUUAUUCCCCUCUGAACACCUUGAAUCAUGGCUUUUCCAACACAGAUUUCUCUCGGACAAUGACAAGAAGCAAUUUGUCCCAUCGAGCUCCAACAACCUCAUCUAAUUCAUACAACCACACUUCUGGUUCUCAGAAUGCCUACCAGGCUGCGGAGGUGAUUUUGAAAUCUGCCACUCACUUUAUGCUGAUGGCCGCUCACAAUCAAGCCCAUAGUGACCUAUACAAGGAGUAUAUGUGUUCGAAAUACCAGUUAGAAGCUCAAAUGAAACUCGUCACUGAACUAAAGGAGGAGCUGAGGGAAGCUCGAAAUUUGACCAAGUGUUCCUGUCACAACGGCUUCGCCAACGAUCGAGCGCCUAUAACACCAUCAAUCAAAAUUCCUGAAGCGCCGCCACCUGCAAAGUGA